AAUAAUCAUGUCUUAGUACCUGCUAAAUGUUCUUUUCCUUCUUCCCCAAAUCAAGUAGCCAAGGGGGAUCCACCUCCCAACCACCUUCUAGCUUCGAAGAACGCCAAACCUUUGUUCGUUCACUGGAAAUCGUUACAAGUGAAUCAUACUUUCACACAUCUUUCUCAUGAACCAAAGUUAACCAGCAAUCUCUUCAAAACCAGAGAAAAAACAAUGAACAAUAUGAAGCAAUUACACAAACAUCCAAGCGCAAACCAUAGAAGAGAUGAAGAGAUGAUGUCUCCCCAUGAAAUCCCACCUUACUCCCCCAAAUCCCUCAAACACACAUCAGCAGUCAGAUCUAUUUCACUAUCCGUGAAUUACAUCCUCAAAGAACAACGCCUUCUCUUCACCCUAGUCGGAAUCCUCAUCGGCUCCGUCUUCUUCAUCUAUCAACCAUCAUUAUCUACCGUUUCCUCAAUCGACACUGUUACUAGCAAUGAAUUACCCUCAAUGCGAGCAGUUUCAUUCUCUCAACGUGACACCAACACCCACUACAGCCGGCCAGCUACCCACGGUGCGACAGGCCGGAUUCCUGUGGGAAUUGGGCGGAAGAGGAUGCGGGUGGUGGUGACUGGUGGAUCAGGGUUCGUAGGAAGUCAUUUGGUUGAUAAAUUGAUUGCGAGAGGUGAUGAAGUGAUAGUGAUCGAUAAUUUCUUUACAGGUAGAAAAGAGAAUGUGGAACAUCAUUUCGUUAACCCUCGAUUCGAAUUGAUUAGACACGAUGUCGUAGAACCCAUUUUGUUGGAAGUUGAUCAGAUCUAUCAUCUUGCUUGCCCUGCUUCCCCUGUUCAUUACAAGUAUAAUCCCGUCAAAACCAUCAUAUCGAAUGUAAUGGGAACCCUAAACAUGUUGGGACUUGCAAAGAGAAUUGGCGCCAGAUUUUUGCUUACAAGUACAAGUGAGGUUUAUGGAGAUCCUCUUGAGCAUCCUCAAAAGGAAACAUAUUGGGGUCAUGUGAAUCCAAUAGGUGUUAGAAGUUGUUAUGAUGAAGGGAAAAGAACAGCCGAAACCUUGACCAUGGAUUAUCACCGAGGUGAUGGUGUUGAGGUCCGGAUUGCACGUAUUUUUAACACAUACGGGCCUCGGAUGUGUCUAGAUGAUGGUCGUGUUGUUAGCAACUUUGUUUCACAGGCAAUUCGCAAACAACCAAUGACAGUUUAUGGUGAUGGAAAGCAAACACGAAGCUUUCAAUAUGUCUCUGACUUGGUUGAUGGAUUAAUGGCACUAAUGGAAGGUGAACAUAUCGGACCUUUUAACUUGGGAAAUCCCGGGGAGUUUACAAUGUUAGAGCUUGCACAGGUGGUGAAAGAAACUAUUGACUCGAGUGCAACGAUAGAAUUCAGAGAAAACACAGCUGAUGAUCCUCAAAAAAGGAAACCAGAUAUUAGUAAAGCUAAAGAACUACUAAAUUGGGAACCCAAAGUGCCACUACACGAAGGUCUACCAAAAAUGGCGUCUGAUUUCAGAAAUCGCAUCUUGAAUGAAGAUGAAGGAAAAGGCAACAAAUAAUAGCAUAAUAGAUACACAUCCUAUAUAUCUAUAUAUGUUAGUGCUCGGUUUUUAUGUAUCUUUUUUGACACGAGUUUUGUUUUGUUAGUGUAAUCUGUGUAACGGAUUGAUUUAGCUUAAUGGAUUUUGGUGUAUUAUCGAGAAA